GGGCCGCCUCGGGUCAGCGCGCGCCCCUCCUCCGGGCCUGAGUCACGGCGUCGCCCGAGUCCCCACGCCGGGAUGCGGCGCUGAGCUGGGCCGGGACGCCGCGGGCCCGGGCGCCGCACAGGAAGCCGCCGGCGCGGGCCGCGGGCCUCCAUGGCGUUCCUCCGGAAGCAGCGCGGGCCGCGCCAGCUGCAGCUCAGCUCGCGGGAGAGGUUUUCUUUGUUGCUACUUAACUUGGAAGAAUACUACUUUGAGCAGCAUACAGCUAAUCAUAUUCAGCAAAGGGGCACUCAGGAUGAAAGGAAAAUCAGAGGUUCCUUUAAAAUAUGUUCAAAAUCAGUUAUAUUUGAACCAGACGCAAUAUCUGAACCUAUCAUUAAGAUUCCUCUGAGAGAUUGUAUACACAUAGGAAAACAUGGAGACAGCGAAGCCAAUAAACUCUUUACCAAGGCAAAAUCUGGGGGCAUUUCACUCAUUUUUAGUCAGGUAUACUUCAUUAAAGAACAUAAUAUUGUUGCACCAUAUAAAAUUGAAAGGGGCAAAAUGGAAUAUAUCUUUGAAUUGGAUGUUUCAGGGAAAGUGGAAGAUGUUGUGGAGACGUUGCUUCAGCUUCACAGAGCGUCUUGCCUGGACAAACUUGGGGACCAAACUGCUAUGAUCACAGCUAUUUUGCAGUCCCGCUUGGCUAGGACAUCAUUUGAUAAAAACAGAUUCCAGAGUGUUUCUGAAAAGCUCCACAUGGAAUGCAAAGCAGAGAUGGUGACACCACUCGUGACCAACCCCGGGCAUGUGUGCAUCACGGACACAAAUCUGUAUUUUCAGCCUCUGAAUGGGUACCCAAAACCUGUCGUCCAGAUAACACUCCAGGAUGUCCGCCGCAUUUACAAAAGGAGGCACGGCCUCAUGCCUCUGGGCCUGGAAGUAUUUUGCACAGAAGAUGAUCUGUGUUCUGACAUCUACCUAAAGUUUUAUGAAUCCCAAGAUAGAGAUGACGUCUAUUUUUAUAUUGCCACAUAUCUAGAGCACCAUGUCGUGGAGCGCACGGCCGAGAGCUACACGCUGCAGUGGCAGCGCGGCCACCUCUCCAACCGCCAGUACCUCCUGCACCUCAACAACCUGGCCGACCGCAGCUGCAGCGACCUCUCCCAGUACCCUGUGUUCCCGUGGACCAUAAGCGAUUACUGCAGUUUGGAACUGGAUUUGUCAAAUCCAGAAACGUUUCGGGAUCUUAGUAAGCCAGUUGGAGCCCUAAAUAAGGAGCGGCUGGAGAGACUCCUGGCACGUUACCAGGAAAUGCCAGAGCCAAAGUUUAUGUACGGCAGUCACUACUCUUCCCCUGGUUAUGUGCUGUUUUAUCUUGUCAGAAUUGCACCAGAGUAUAUGCUGUGUCUACAGAACGGAAGGUUUGAUAAUGCAGAUCGAAUGUUCAACAGUAUUGCAGAAACUUGGAAAAACUGUUUGGAUGGCGCAACAGAUUUUAAAGAGUUAAUUCCAGAAUUCUAUGGAGAUGAUGUCAGCUUCUUAGUCAACAGUCUGAAGUUGGACUUGGGGAAGAGACAAGGUGGGCAGAUGGUCGAUGAUGUGGAACUUCCCCCUUGGGCACGCAGUCCCCAGGACUUUCUUCAGAAGAGCAAAGAUGCUUUGGAAAGCACUUACGUAUCAGAGCACCUUCAUGAGUGGAUUGAUCUAAUAUUUGGCUACAAGCAAAAAGGGAGUAAUGCUAUUGGCGCCCACAAUGUGUUUCAUCCGCUGACCUAUGAAGGAGGCGUAGACUUGAACAGCAUUGAAGACCCAGAUGAGAAAGUGGCCAUGCUCACCCAAAUCUUAGAAUUUGGACAGACACCAAAACAACUGUUUGUAACACCACAUCCUCGGAGGAUCACCCCGAAGUUUAAAAGUGUGUCCCAGAUUUCUGGUUAUAGUACUCCCAUACCAGAUUUUCCAGUCUCUCCAGGUGAAGAGUCUUUCGAAGACCUGACCGAAGAGAGCAAGACCCUGGCCUGGAAUAACAUGACCAAACUGCAGUUACACGAGCACUACAAAAUCCACAAAGAUGCGGUAACUGGAAUAGCUGUCUCUUGCAACGGGUCUUCAGUCUUCACGACCUCACAAGAUUCCACCUUGAAGAUGUUUUCUAAGGAAUCCAAAAUGCUGCAAAGAAGUAUAUCAUUUUCAAAUAUGGCUUUAUCAUCUUGUUUACUUUUACCAGGAGAUGCCACUGUCAUAACUUCUUCAUGGGAUAAUAAUGUCUAUUUUUAUUCCAUAGCCUUUGGAAGACGUCAGGACACAUUAAUGGGACAUGAUGAUGCUGUUAGUAAGAUAUGCUGGCACGAUGACAGGCUGUAUACUGCAUCGUGGGACUCUACAGUGAAGGUGUGGUCCGGUGUUCCUGCAGAAAUGUCUGGUGCUAAAAAACACCAGUUUGACUUGGUGGCCGAGCUGGAACAUGAUGUCAGUGUAGAUACAAUCAGCUUAAAUGCUGCAAGCACAUUGUUGGUUUCAGGCACUAAAGAAGGCACUGUGACUCUCUGGGAUCUCACCACAGCUGCUGUACUGCACCAGAUUCCCUGCCAUUCGGGGACGAUCUACGAUACUGCAUUCAGCCCAGACAGUCGCCACAUCCUCAGCAUUGGAGCAGACGGCUGUCUGAACGUCAUAGACGUACAGACCGGGAUGCUCAUCUCCUCUAUGACUUCAGACGAGCCCCAGAGAUGCUUUAUCUGGGAUGGGAAUUCGGUUCUGUCUGGAAGUCAGUCGGGUCAGCUGCUUGUUUGGGACCUUCUUGGAGGAAAAAUCAGUGAGCGAAUACAGGGCCACACAGGGGCAGUGACAUGUAUAUGGAUGAACGAACAGUGUAGCAGUAUCAUCACAGGAGGGGAAGACAGACAAAUUAUGUUCUGGAAACUGCAGUAUUAAGUGCCUUUUCCUCUCUUGACCAUUAAAUGGAAUUGUUCUUAAUGUAUUUUUAAGCCAAACUUUUAAAUGAACUUGUGAAUGUGCAAUGAUAGUAAUUAGAAGUUUACCACAUGAGAAAUGUGUGGGUUUAAACUGUUUAAAAAUCAUGACUUCAUUGAGAGCCAUUAGUUGCCACCCUCUCAGGCAGGUAAAGAUAUGGCAGCAUUAGGGAGAAACCUUGACAUGUGUAAGAUCUGCUCAGUAUAGUGAUGGUCAGAAGGCAGGUUUGAGUGACAAAGAGACUAGCCAGAUGAUGAGAAACUGGGUUGGGGAAAGCUCCAGAAAGCACUCAACAGUUCAGACCCCUCCCCC